AGCUCUUUAGCGCUCUGAGUUCCUGGAUCUCAGCGUGUCUGUGCAUGGUGAAGAGAGUGCAGACUCCGCCGCCUUCUCCUCCUCACCCCACUGCUAACGGGACCAUCCGACUGACUCUGCAGAAGAACGUAGAGGAGAAUUCUGCGGAGUCUGUCUUUCAUUCACCGAGCAUGAGGCAGCACCUGUUUAGUCACACUUUGAGACAGCUUCUGUAACUCAGAGACACAGCAUGUGCCCCAUCGAAAGGUUAUGAGCGCCCGUGGAGCUUGGUGAUUCGUAGUCACGGACAAGCCAAUGAGAGGAUGGCCAGAAGUCACAUGAUCUACAAAGCCCACAUCCAGCUGGUUCUGCUGAUUCUACUGAGUGCACUGCAGCUCUCACACACUCAGACUCCUCCUCGUUUCACUCGGACACCCACUGAUCAAACGGGUGUGCAGGGAGGUGUGGCCUCCUUUGUGUGCCAGGCAACAGGAGACCCUCAGCCCAGAAUCUCAUGGAGUAGGAAAGGAAAAAAAGUCACCAACCAGAGAUUUGAGGUGAUUGAGUUUGAGGACGGCUCUGGCUCAGUGUUACGGGUCCAGCCCCUGCGGACUCCUCGUGAUGAGGCAGUCUACGAGUGCGUGGCGUCUAAUGAGGCUGGAGAGAUCAGUGCUUCUACCCGCCUCACUGUCCUCCGUGAAGACCAGCUUCCUACUGGCUUCCCCUCCAUAGAUAUGGGCCCUCAGCUGAAGGUAGUGGAGCGCUCUCGCACGGCUACCAUGCUGUGUGCGGCCAGUGGCACCCCAGACCCAGAGAUCACAUGGUUUAAAGACUUUCUUCCGAUCGACACGCAUGCUCAUGGGCGUAUCAAACAGCUGCGCUCAGAGUCCUUUGGGGGUACGCCAAUCAGAGGUGCACUACAGAUUGAUCGCAGUGAGGAAACUGAUCAAGGGAAAUAUGAAUGCGUUGCCACAAACAGCCAUGGAACGCGCUACUCAACACCUGCCAAUCUCUACGUCAGAGAGCUGAGGGAUGUGCGGCGGGUCCCUCCCCGCUUCUCAGUUCCACCUAUGGAUUAUGAAAUCAUGCCAGGGGGAGGGGUGAACAUCACGUGCCAGGCAGUAGGUGUACCCAUGCCUUAUGUGAAGUGGAUGCUAGGAACUGAAGACUUGACCCCAGAGGAUGACAUGCCCAUUGGAAAGAAUGUCCUGGAGCUCACAGAUGUCCGUCAGUCAGCCAACUACACCUGCGUGGCCAUGUCCACGCUUGGGGUUAUUGAAACUGUUGCACAGAUCACCGUCAAAGCUCUCCCAAACCCCCCGGGAGCUCCAGUUGUAAUGGAGCGCUCAGCCACCAGUAUAACUCUGAUGUGGGACAGUGGAAACCCACUUCCUGUUUCUUAUUACAUCAUCCAGCACCGCCCCACCUCCUCCCGCGACCCAUUCAAAGAGAUCGACGCCGUGGCAACAACUCGAUACAGUGUUGGAGGGCUCAGCCCCUACUCACAUUAUCAAUUCCGGGUGAUGGCGGUGAAUUCGAUUGGGCGCGGACCCCCCAGCCCGACGGUGGAGGCUCGGACGGCUGAGCAAGCCCCAAGCUCGCCACCACGCAGGGUCAGGGGUCGCAUGGUUAGCGCCUCAACAGCGAUGGUACAGUGGGAGGAACCAGAGGAGCCAAAUGGACAGGUGGUUGGCUACAGGGUGUAUUACACGUCAGAUUCAUCACUGCCUGUUAGCCAGUGGGAGAAGGAGAUGGUGCGGGGAGCAAAUUACUUAAGCAUACAGGAUCUGACGCCAAACAAGACCUAUUACAUCAGAGUGCUGGCUUUUACUGCUGUGGGAGAUGGGCCUCUCUCCAGUGAUCUGCAUAUCAUUGCCAAAACAGGAGUACCUUCCCAACCCACUGAGCUGAAGGCGGAGGUCAAGUCAGAGACGAGCGUUCUGCUCUCCUGGCUUCCCCCAGCUCACAGCGGCAGUGAUGCUAUCACUGGAUAUGAACUCAUAUACAGACAUGGAGACCAACCAGAACAGAAAAUCUCCUUUGAUCCAACCUCCAGUUACCUGUUGAAGAAUCUGAAGCCAUUCUCCACCUACACCUUCCAGUUAGCAGCACGUAGUAAACAUGGCGUGGGGGCUUUCACUGGCGAGAUCACUAUACAGACUCCACAAACACUGUUUGCAGUAAACUUCCGUGUGAAAGCCGCUUUGAAGAGUUCAGCGCUGCUAGCCUGGGAGCCACGAACAUCACAAAAUAAACCCCACACUUUCAUUAUUACAUAUGGGGAAGGCCAGACCACAGAGGUGGAUGGUAGACUCGGUCAGAAGCUGCUCACUAAACUGAAGCCCCAGUCUCUGUACACCUUCCUCUUAACCAACAAAGCCGAUGGCACCGGAGGCCUCCAGCUUAGUGCAGAGGCCAUGACUGCUCCAAACCUGCUGCCCAGCAAACCUCAGCUCCUUGAAAAGACUAGUGCCCAGAGUACAGCCACGCUGCAGCUGCCCACUGUACAAGGACAAGCUAACGUCAGAGGUUUUUAUAUUGUUGUUGUCCCACUGAAGAGGCAAAGAGGAGGAAACUUCCAGAAUCUGUGGAAUGAUCCAGAUGAAAUGAACCUAGAUGAGCUGUUGAAGGAGAUCAAUGGCACAGGCCGAUCAGUACGUCUGCGGAGGCAGGCUGAGCUGAAACCGUACAUCAGUGCUCACUUCCAGAACCUUCCAUCGGAGUUUAAGCUAGGAGAUGGACGUGUUUACGGAGCAUUCCUGAAUCGACAGCUACUUAAUGGACAGGAGUAUGUCUGCUUUGUGCUGGCUAUCUUGGAACUGGGACAGAAUACCGUGUGCUCAACCAGCCCAUUCUCUGACCCUGUGGUUUUCUCGGACGUCGAGCCACAGCCAAUCGUAGAUGAAGAGGAGGGUCUUCUCUGGGUAGUGGGGCCAGUGCUGGCAGUCAUUUUCAUCAUCAGCAUCGUCAUCCUCAUCCUCCUCUUUAAGAGCAAACCAGACAGGAAGCGGGCAGAGUUAGAGGGCAGGAAAUGCAGCUUCCCCAGCAGUGGUAAAGCCAUGAGCUCUCAGCAUCCCUCUGAUCCCGUGGAGCUCCGCAGAAUCAACUUCCCAACACCUGGUAUGGCCAGUCAUCCACCAGUCGCUAUCUCAGAACUGCCUAAUUGCAUAGAGAGGAUGAAAGCCAAUGAGAAUCUGAGGUUCUCUCAAGAGUACGAGUCUGUUGACCCUGGGCAGCAGUUCUCAUGGGAGCACUCAAACCUGGAAAUUAACAAACCAAAGAACCGUUAUGCUAAUGUCAUCGCCUACGACCACACCAGAGUAGUCCUCUCCAACAAUGAUGGCCAGCCGGGCAGCGACUACAUCAAUGCCAACUUCAUUGAUGGUUACCGUCGGCAGGGUGCGUAUAUCGCUACCCAGGGCCCGAUGCCCGAGACGAUCAGUGACUUCUGGAGGAUGGUCUGGGAACAACACACAGCUAACAUCAUUAUGAUUACCAAGCUAGAGGAAAAAUCAAGGAACAAGUGUGAUCAGUACUGGCCCAGCAGAGGCACAGAGACGUACGGCCUCAUGCAGGUUUCUGUGCUGGACACCGUGGAGCUCGCCACUUACUGCGUCAGGACUUUCGCUCUGUUUAAGAGUGGCAGCAGUGAGAGGCGUGAAGUCCGGCAGUUUCAGUUUACAGCCUGGCCUGACCAUGGUGUACCUGAGCAUCCCACCCCCUUCUUGGCCUUCCUCCGCAGGGUUAAAGCAUGCAAUCCUCCAGAUGCUGGCCCCAUCGUGGUCCACUGCAGUGCUGGAGUUGGCCGUACAGGGUGCUUCAUCGUGAUCGACGCCAUGCUGGAGCGAGUGAAACAGGAGAAGACAAUUGAUGUCUAUGGCCAUGUGACCCUGAUGCGCUCGCAGCGGAACUACAUGGUACAGACAGAGGAGCAAUACGUCUUCAUUUACGACGCACUGCUGGAAGCCGUCACCUGCGGCAACACAGAGGUUCCUGCACGGAAUCUAUACGCCUACAUACAGAGGCUGACACAGGCCGAACCACCUGACAACAUCAGCGGGAUGGAGCAGGAGUUUAAAAGAUUAGCCAAUGCCAGGGCGCACAACUCUCGAUUUGUGAGUGCUAACCUGCCCUGCAAUAAGUUUAAAAACAGACUGGUCAAUAUCAUGCCCUACGAGAGCACACGGGUGAGCUUGCAGCCGAUUCGUGGAGUGGAGGGCUCAGACUAUGUCAAUGCCAGCUUUAUAGAUGGAUAUAGGCAGCAGAGGGCAUAUAUAGCUACACAGGGUCCUCUGGCUGAGACAGCUGAAGAUUACUGGAGGAUGCUAUGGGAACACAACUCCACUAUUGUAGUCAUGCUCACUAAACUCAGAGAGAUGGGAAGGGAGAAAUGCCAUCAGUACUGGCCAUCAGAAAGGUCCGCACGCUAUCAGUAUUUUGUGGUAGAUCCCAUGGCCGAGUACAACAUGCCCCAGUACAUCCUGAGAGAAUUUAAAGUGACUGAUGCCAGAGAUGGACAGUCCCGAACUGUGCGGCAGUUCCAGUUCACUGACUGGCCAGAGCAGGGUGUGCCAAAAUCUGGAGAAGGCUUCAUUGAUUUCAUUGGUCAAGUACACAAAACAAAAGAGCAGUUCGGUCAAGAUGGACCAAUCACAGUACACUGCAGUGCUGGUGUUGGGAGGACAGGGGUAUUUAUCACUUUGAGUAUAGUGUUGGAGAGGAUGCGUUAUGAAGGAGUGGUCGACAUCUUCCAAACUGUCAAAAUGCUGCGAACACAGAGACCAGCUAUGGUGCAGACAGAGGAGCAGUACCAGUUUUGCUACCGUGCAGCACUGGAGUACCUGGGCAGUUUUGAUCACUAUGCAACAUAAGCUUUCCAGUUUCUCUGGACCAACAGACCAUUUCCCUUGUUAUCUGCCGUACCAAACCACUUUCUCCCAUUGCGCCACUGUCUUCACACUGUCUGGGCAAUUACACCUUGAAGCUGUAUUCUUGGGUUACGGGUUCAGUUAAAGGCUACAUCAAGUUGAGCCACAGGUCAUUUUGUUCAGUUCAACCUGAAGCUUCCUUAAGCUGAACUCAGAGUGAACAAACUGAGCCAGCUUUGGAGCGAGCCUAUGUGAUACACUCGUUCCGAGAGCAUAAAAUAAGCUGCAGUGGGUAAUUGCAUAACAGUUGAUUGGACAGGAACUCCUAGGUGAAGUAUUCUGUCUAGGUUGAACAGUUACAGACACUGUGGACAAAGCACCUGGGAGAUGAGUGGCCAAACGAUUAGGAAUGUUUGUUUAAUCACACUUUAAAAACAGUUUUGAUUAACAAAGCUAAGUGUUUUCGAAUGAAUUUUGCCACUGAUUUGUGUCACCAAUUGUAAAGUGGACACCACUAAGUCACUUGUGUCUAUGACUGAAAGAGAUUAGGACUAAUACCUAAUUGCUUAAGUUUUGGAGCUUGUGCCACUACCUUCUGUUUCAGCCUACAGAUAACACAAUACACACAGACAUGCACAUAUACGAAAGGAGAGGAUUGGCAGUCGCAAGAUAUUUGAAAAGCUGUGCAAUACUGAAUAUGAGUGCACCUUGAAUUUCAAUGAAAAGCACCCAGACUGGUAAUCCACAGUGUAAUUAUAUUGUCUGUUUAAUCUUAUAUUAUA